CGUCCUUCUUCAUCCCGUCUGAAAUAUCAUCACUUGUUUCUCCCUUUGACCUUGUCACCUUCCUACCCACGCUUGCUUUUCUUGGGAAGCUCUGGCCCAACCUCAAGGGUUCGAAGACGUCUGGACCACCUACCUUACCCAACCACUACCGGUACCCGACUCGACUCGACUGACGUUCCCUGUCUGCCCCGCCAUCAGACGAACAAGUUGCUUGCUUCGGACACAGGCCGAUUUGAACUAUUUCCAGGCUGCCCAAAAAGACAUCACAACCAACAACAACCCGAAUCUUGCCUACGUGCCUAUAUACAUUGCCGACUGCGCCCCCCUUGGCAGCUCACUCCGUCGCCCCCAACUCUCCAGUAGCGGCUUUAUGCCCCGACUUGCCCAUUCGCCAUGGCCGCCUCACGUCGGCGUCAGGCGCCUAAACCGCAGCACACUUCGGUAAACAGCAACAAGAACCGCGACGACCGAGGUUCCAUUGUGUCGGAACCUUCGCCCCGUGUCAUCAAUGCUGCUCCGUCUCUCGAAAAGGCUGAAAUGUACGGAAUUGACGACAACCGUCCGUUCUUCAGCCGCGCCAUGGCCCUGGCUGGGCGCAUGUUUAUCGAGACAAUUCCGCAAUGGAUAGCUAUAGGAGUUAUGCUCUCGCUCAUCUUUGGCGGGUGCUGUUCCAAUGUCUUUGCGCUUGAGUCCAUUAUCAAAGUUGAGCCUGGUGCCGGUACACUCUUGACCUUUGUCCAAUUUCUCUUCGUUGCCCUCGUCGGCCUGCCUUCCCAGAUCGACUGGAGCCGUCCGCCCUUCUUCCUCAAGAAAAACCAAGUUCCGAUUAAACGAUGGCUGAUCAAUAUCGCGCUAUUCUUUGCCAUCAAUGUCCUCAAUAACCAUGCUUUUAGCUACGACAUUUCGGUACCCGUACAUAUUAUUCUGCGCUCGGGAGGAAGCAUAACCACAAUGAUUGCUGGAGCUUUGUGGGGCAAGAGAUAUUCAAGAAUCCAGAUUGUAGCCGUACUCCUCCUUACCGUGGGUGUGAUUGCGGCGGCCUGGUCUGACGCGCAGAGCAAGGGAUCGAGCAAGAAAGAGACUCGUGAGAAGAACUCGGAUUUUGGCAUUGGACUUGCUAUUCUCUUCGUUGCCCAGAGCUUGUCGGCUGUCAUGGGCCUUUACACGGAAGAAACUUACAAGAAAUAUGGCCCGCACUGGAAGGAGAACCUCUUCUAUUCGCAUCUCCUGUCCUUGCCCCUGUUUCUGUUUUUCUGGCCGUCGUUGACGACGCAAUUUAAGAAACUGGCCAACAGUGCGCCCUUGACUCUACCGCUGCCGGGCUUUGAGGAGUACCCCAAUCUGUCGCCCAACAUCCAGAAGUUCCUGGAGAAUAUUCACAUUCCCAGUCAACUGUUUUAUCUGGCGCUAAACGUCCUGACCCAGUAUGCUUGCAUCCGCGGAGUCAAUCUUUUGGCAGCUGCCUCGACUGCGUUGACAGUCACCAUCGUCCUCAACAUCCGGAAGCUUGUCAGUCUGCUGCUGAGCAUAUGGCUGUUCGGGAAUAAGCUGGCGUUUGGAACCUUGGUGGGAGCCGUGAUAGUGUUCGGCGCUGGCGGGCUGUACUCGCUGGAUGGGAAGAAGAAGGCUCCGGUCCGGAGGGUCUCGUCCGCGCCGCUCAAAAAGGCAUGAUCCGCUUGGGGGGUUGAUUUGUUGUAACGGUGGAAAUUUAGCUGAUACUUCGAUAGCAGCCGGGAUAACCGUGUCCGACUGACAGUUUGGAAUGAAACUCGGAUUCUGCACCGAUCCUAGGGCUCGAUG